AUGUCGUCCUCGGAAACCUCCACCGUCAGCCUCCCAAAAGAGGACUCCACACUCAGCCUCUCCAAAGAGCGCGUUCCGUCGCAAGACAACCUGUUCACGGCGCCAGAGCCGCCCUCAGUGCGGCUCAACGGCGGCUUCACAGCCUGGACACAAGUGGUCGUGAGCUUCCUGCUCGUGAUGAACGGGUUCGGGUACUUUUCGUCCUUCGGGCUCUUCCAGACGCAUUGGAUGAGCACAUUGGACAAGUCCGCGUCAGACACGUCGUGGGUGGGCUCGCUGUCGCUGUUCCUGCUGUUCUUCCUCGGCACGCUCUCCGGCCCCGCCAUGGACGGCGGGCAUUUCCGCGUCGUGCUGCUCGCCGGCUGCGCCUUCCAGCUGCUGGGCGUCUUUGCGACCUCCGCCGUCAAGGCGUACUGGCAGCUGAUCCUGGCGCAGGGCGUCGUGCAGGGCAUCGGCAACGGCCUGCUGUUCACGCCGUGCAUCGCCCUCGUCUCGACGUACUUCACACAGCGGCGCGCGUUUGCGCUCAGUUUGGCGGCCUGCGGCGCCCCGGUCGGUGGCAUCGUGUUUCCCAUCAUCUCGCGCCAGCUGGCGCCCCAGAUUGGCUAUCCCUGGACCAUUCGCGUCAUGGGCUUCGUGAUGCUCUUCAACACGCUCGUUAUCAUCGCGCUCGCGCGGCCGCGUCAGUUCAAGCGCUCCAAGGGCCCGCUGGUCGAUCUGCGCGCGUUCAAGGACCCGACGUACCUGUUCUUUGCGAUUGGGAUUUUCUUCACGCUGUGGGGCGUGUACAUUGCGUACUUCUACACGACGACCUUCGGCAAAGAAGUGACGCACAUUUCGGAGUCGGGCUCGCUGACGCUACUCAUGGUGCUCAACGCGGUCGGGAUCCCCGGGCGCCUCAUCCCCGCCUACCUCGCCGACACGUACUUUGGCACGUUCAACACGCUGCUGCCGUUUGUCGCGGGCGCAGGCGUCAUGCUCUUCGCGUGGAUCGGCGUGCACAGCGCGGGCGCAUUCUACGCCUUCGUCAUUCUCUACGGCAUCUGCUCCAACGCGGUGCAGACGCUGUUCCCGUCGACGCUGUCGCAGCUGACGACGGAUUUGUCCAAGGUCGCGUCGCGCGUGGGCAUGGUGUUUGGCGUUGGUGGCUUCGCGUGCUUGACGGGCCCGCCGCUGGCCGGGAGGCUGAUCGAUAUGGGCGACGGCGAUUACCUCUAUGCCCAGCUGUAUGGCGGCUCGUCGGUUAUUUUGGGCUUUGUGUUUUUGAGCGUUGCGCGCCGCUGUCAGCAUCAGCAGCUGAAGCGCGCGUCGCAGGGUUAG